UUGGCAAUGGUGUUACCCAAAAAAAAAAAACGGGUGUAUGUCAUCUUCCCGCGAAUUCACUGGAAACUUUACUCCAAAAUCCCAAAAUUGAGCAGCAAUAGAAUCGCGCUAAAACUCAGCACAAAGCUUCAAUAAUGUCAGCACCAUCAGAAGAAACAUCUACAGCUUCUCCUUCUUCGCAACCCUUGAUUCUUCGCCUCCAACAAUUCCUCGACUCCUGCUCCAAGGCAGUAGAAGAUGGUGAUAUUCGUCAAUCGGAAGAAGUAAUUUCUGGGACUGUUGAGUUUCUCAGCUCAAUUUCUGACGCUGCUAUUUCAGAUCCUGAUGAUGAAGGAAAUCGAAACAAUUCAAUUGUUGUUCUUACUCAUAUUCAUUCUUUCCUCUCAAAUCCUUCUCUUGAUCAGGCUAUUGUUGAUGCACUUUCAUUUGAGAUGCCCAAGGCUAUUGCCAAGUUUGCAGGAGUGUCCCAGAGGUGCCGUGAAAUUGUUGAAAGUGUUAUUGAUCACUUCACAACAAAGUGUAGCCCACGCGACAUGAUUUCAGUGUUCUCUGAGGCAUUGGAUUCCUAUGGGAAAACAACUGAUGCAUCUGGUUAUGUUUCUGCUCUUCUACGCGGGGUCUCUAAAGCAUUUCUCUCCAUAAGUAGACGUCAGGCUGAACAAAUUAAAGUUGCUCUUCCCAUCAUCCUUAAUGCUGUGAAGGCUGCGUCUUUCGAUUUGGAUGAUAGAGAUAUAGGCUUCAAGGAUUUGUUUGAAGGGGCUAUUAGCAUUGCCAAUUCCAUGCUAGGAACAUGUAAAAAAUUGGAGGAUGGAGCAAAUGGACAACUUCGUGGCUUACUCAGCUUGUAUGUAAUGCAAAUCAUGACUGUUGUUUCGAUCAGCGCGGGGGAUGAAGUUUCGUCUAGUCUUUCCUUUGUUCAAACAUUAUCAAGCUUCUUUCCGUAUUGUGGUUUAUCAUAUGCGGAUCUUGUAUGUGGCCUUGGAGUUGAUCCACUUAUCAAUCUUAUACGUGGUGAUGAAAUGGAUGAUUAUAUGGAUUGCUUUUGCUAUGUCAAACAUGGAGCAGUGCUUUCAAUGAUUUGGGGGCAUAUAUCUGAUGAAGUCUCUCAGGCAGCUGGGCAGGAUGUCAGUCUUCUUAAGAAUGAUCUUAGGACCUCCCAAAGUAGAAGAUGGUCAACUAUAGGCAUGAUGAAGUACAUAUUCUCUUUAGGUGAGCUGCCUUGGGUCCUAAAGAAGCAUGCAACAGACUUCUUGCUGGUCAUCACAGAAAACAGUAAACAAGAUGUGAAUGAAGACAUGAUAUGCUCAUCCUUUACACCCAGUCUUAUUUCUACUCUGCAGGCUAUUCUGUCAGUCAUCAUGUAUGCUCCGGAUGCUGAGUUAAGAAAGAUGGCUUUUGCUACCUUAAAAAGGGUGCUUGCUGAUAAUCCAGCUUCUUUAAGGCUUGACAUAAUGCAGGUCUUGGUUAAAUCUAGCACCUCUUCAUCCAUGGUGGCAAUACUUUUAGAUUGCGUUAGGGAGAAUCUUCGAAAUGAUUAUCUUAAACUGCGAGAAGAGAAAGUGUCUUCUAGCUGCACUUUCUGGAAUGCUAGCAUACUUGAAUUGGUAGAAUUUGUUUUGAGACCCCCCAAUGGAGGACCACCUUCUCUCCCUGAGCAAAGUGAUGCGGUUCUUUCAGCUCUUAACCUGUAUAGAUAUGUUCUAAUAGCAGAGAAAACAGGGAACACAAACUACACAGGUGUCGUGUCUAGAAACAAAUUAGAGGAGGUGUACAGAAAAUGGCUCUUGCCUCUAAGAACUUUGGUGAUGAGCAUAAAUGCAGAAAACAAGAAUGGUGAUGAGCAACUUGCAACGGACAUAAUGUGCGGAUUGAACCCUCUUGAGCUCGUUUUGUACCACUGUAUUGAACUUGUUGAAUAGACCAUUAGACAGUCAUGAUGGUUGGUGACUCAAACCUGAAUGUCCCCCCCCCCCUAUCUUGGCUGUUUUCAUUACAUUUAUAUAAAUAUUGUUCUUUUGUGUUUCCCCUUGUUAUCAGGAUUAGUUGGGGGUUAGAUUAUUAAACUCUUCAAGAUACCUCUGUUGUUAAAGCUAUCAACAUUACUCAUCAUUGAUUCUUUACAUAAUGAGUGGAACAAUUGAUUUUUGAAAUUUGAAGGUCUUUUUCUUUUGCUUUAAUUAUAUUCUUUUAUAAGUUUUGCAUUUUCUGUAUCUUCUUACCCUCUAUUUCCAUUCAUUCUUGAAUUUGCUGGGCUCUUUUUUUUUUUUUUUUUUUUUAGAAGGUAAACCUUUCAGGCCUUACAAGAAUGCAAGGAAGCUGUAGCCGAGAGUCCGAGCUCGAUUAUAGCUGUAAGCACCGUCCUGUAGUAGACUUGUGAACAAUUCUAAAACAUUUGUAUCUUUUUUUCACCUUUGGUUUUGUGUAAGACAGGUAUAAGAGGGAUAAGUUUUUAUUAUAUUUGUCAGGAAAUAAAAAGUAUAGGUUAUAGACAAAUUCAUGAUUCCGAGAGGGUGAGCAGCUUACCUGACAUGAUAUACAAAAUCAAUCAUGAUUCCCGCCCCCUUAUAUAAAAUACAUCUUUAUCAGCCAUUAUAUACCUACUUGCAACAAUAUGCUUAGAGAGUGGAUUUGUUUCCAUUUUAUAAACUUUAGACUCAAGCAAUGUCUAGUUGACUCCAGAUCUAUAAUCUUAUUCUUUGUGGGGAUCUAAGUUGGUAAAUGUUUGUACUUUCUCUACCGUGAAAGCUUAAUGUUAAGCGGUUACUUCCUCCGCUCCAAAUACUAGUCUCUUUUUUACUUGGGAUAAAAAUGUAGAGAGUGACAGAGAGAGUGUGUGUGUGUUUUUUUUUUUUGGUUAGAAUGUUGGGAUUAAGUUACCAGCUAUAUAAAAUAGUUUAUCGUGAUUCUUGUUUGUCACAUUUUGACGGGAUUGAGUAUAUAUUGUUUACCUUGACUUAUUAAAAAAAAAAAUGGCAAAAACUAACGAAUGAGGAGUUGGAUAAAAUAACUAAAAAUAAAAAUAUUAAAUUAAAAUGAACAUUUAUUACAACGAUCGACGCGUGAUUUUGACAUGAAUUCUUAAAUUAAUACUAGGAAAUAUUUCAAAUGCUAAACUAACACUCCGGAGGUGUUCAUUUGCAAGAUCCUAAUUCAAAAGUGAUAUAAAAAGUCAAUAUGAGUACAUGAAAAACAAUAUAAAAAUUGAGAUAAUAGUACUAGGUGAAAAAAUAAAAAACAAUUAGCCAUAUAUUGCAUUAUUUAUUAGAGUUAGAAUGUAAAAGGGAGA